AUGGUUAAUCACUUGAUCCUACCAUCAAGCCCUCCUUAUCAACCUAAGAAGGAUAUUCGUACUCCGUUAACGAUAACGGCAACAGGAUUCCAAGACUUUGAAGAUAUUCCGCCUUUAGUUAGAAAUUCGGCAAAACAACAAUUGGGCUAUGACAUGUCAAAUCUUCUGAUUACCGUGCCUGAUACUUUGGAACAGCAGCUGUUGAAUUUACUGCAACUAGAUCCCGUAGCGUUUUGGACAGAAGUAAAACAUAGUACAAUGAGAGAUACACUAGCUGAUGCCAUGAUUAUGAAAAUUCGACAAUCUUUCCAAAAUCCAUCUGAACCGACAAAUGCUUUGUACUUGUCUCGAAUAUUAAUUGCUAUGAACCUUCAAAAUGAUGUCAUUUCUGGAUUGACUAGCGAUCAACGACAUCGACUAGCCUCAGGAAAAUCCACGAACCUCCUACAAAUUCGUCCGCCUACUAUCCAGACUGUGUCUCGAAAUGAGCAAUUAGGGAAACAUGAGCCGUCAAUAAAAGUUGAGCCCACGGAACACAAAUCCAAAGAGAACAACUCGGUCUUAAUGAAACUGUUAGAAGAACCGACUUCACCUAAACGGAGGCGUGUUGACGAGACUUACGAAAAUGAAAGUUACUAUACCUUUGAGCCAACAGCUUUGAAGCGAAAAUCUCCUAAAGACAGUCCAUCAAAUGACUCUUUCACUAUGAUGAGUCUAUGA